CAACUGCAUACAAAACCAAAGAUUUCAUCUACAUCCUGGCCUGCAUUUCUGGAGCUGCAGCUCAGAAUUUACGAGCCAGCCAGCCAGCCAGGGACGGAUAUCAUAACAAUCACACCCAUCGAGAAGCUCAGGGCGGUGGUCUAGUGUAGAAACUAGAAACCCUAUCAGAUCAAUUCAAUCUGCAUGAAUCCGCCGCUGCACUUCUUUCCAGCUUUCAGUCAAACUCACAGCAAUCUCAUCUUCCAUUCAUACCCAUCUCGUUUCUGAUCUUUUGAAGAUAUACAUGUAAAUAAAGCUCAUAUAUAUACACGAUCAUUGAAACUGAAGAAGCAGAACGAAUUCAACGUAGUGGCAGAAUCGCAGACUACAUAUUGAUUAGCUGAAGGAUCAGAGUUUACUGAUCUGAGUAGUAAUACUGUAAUACUAUACAGAUUAUAUUAGUGGGUUUCAUACAGAUAUUUUUAUAUGAUGAGUUCCGCGACGAGGAGCUCGGCGGCGGCCGCGGCGUCUUCGUCGGAGGUGAUGAUGGAGAUAGAGUCGAGCAAGCCGCAGGGGAAUGGGAUUGUGAUUGGGGGGCUGAGUCCUCUGAGCGAGACACUGUGGAAGGAGAAGACGAACACAGAGUUCGUGGGGGACGUUUCCGCCAGGCUGUCAUGGCAGGAUUUAACCGUUAUGGUUACUCUCAACAACGGCGGGACGCAGAAUGUUCUGGAAGGCCUAGUUGGUUAUGCAGAGCCUGGAACCUUCACCGCCCUCAUGGGACCCUCUGGCUCCGGCAAAUCUACUCUCCUCGACGCCCUCGCCGGCCGCCUCGCCGCCAACGCCUUCCUCGCCGGCCGAAUCAUCCUCAACGGCCAUAAAGCCAAGCUUUCCUACGGAACCGCGGCAUAUGUAACGCAAGAUGACAACCUGAUCGGAACUUUGACGGUCCGGGAAACGAUAUGGUACUCCGCCCAACUGCGGCUGCCGGACAGGAUGCCGCGGAGGGAGAAGCGGGCGCUGGUCGAGAGCACAAUCGUAGAAAUGGGGCUUCAGGACUGCGCAGAUACGGUUAUAGGAAACUGGCACUUGCGCGGAGUCAGCGGCGGAGAGAAGAGGAGAGUUAGUAUCGCCGUCGAGAUCUUAAUGCGCCCUAGAUUGCUCUUCCUCGAUGAACCUACCAGCGGCCUUGACAGUGCAUCGGCCUUCUUCGUCACACAGACGCUGAGAAGUCUAUCCAGAGAUGGAAGAACAGUAAUAGCUUCAAUACAUCAACCGAGCAGUGAAGUGUUUGAGCUUUUUGACAGAUUGUAUCUGCUCUCUAGCGGCAAAACCGUCUACUUUGGUCGGGCCUCAGAAGCAUACGAGUUCUUCUCACAAGCAGGAUUUCCUUGCCCUGCUCUAAGAAAUCCAUCAGAUCAUUUCCUGCGUUGUAUAAAUUCUGAUUUUGAUAAAGUCAAAGCUACCUUAAAAGGCUCAAUGAAACUUCGGUUUGAGACCAAAGAUGACCCUCUCGAGAAGAUUACCACGGCAGAAGCCAUUAGGAGACUUGUUGAUUUUUACCAUACGUCUCAUUAUUACCAUGAAGCUAAUCUCAGAGUCCAGGAAAUGUCUAAAGUGAGAGGAACAGUUCUGGAUUCAGGAGGUAGCCAAGCUAGCUUUUUUAUGCAGGCAUUUACCCUAACCAAACGUUCCUUUCUUAAUAUGUCAAGAGAUUUUGGUUAUUACUGGUUGAGGCUUGUUAUCUACCUCGUGGUAACUAUCUGCAUUGGGACCAUAUAUCUCAACGUGGGGACAGGUUACAGUUCCAUCUUGGCUAGGGGUGCUUGCGCGUCAUUUGUGUUUGGUUUCGUCACAUUCAUGUCCAUUGGAGGCUUUCCGUCGUUCGUGGAAGACAUGAAGGUAUUCCAAAGAGAGAGGUUGAAUGGGCACUAUGGGGUGGCGUCAUUCGUGAUAAGCAACACCUUUUCGGCGGCGCCAUUUCUGAUACUCAUAACCUUUCUCUCGGGCACGGUGUGCUAUUUCAUGGUCCGCCUCCACUCUGGUUUCUCGCACUAUGCCUUCUUUGUCCUUUGCCUCUUCGCGAGUGUGACCGUCGUUGAGAGCCUUAUGAUGGCCAUUGCCAGUGUUGUCCCUAAUUUCCUUAUGGGCAUCAUCACUGGUGCUGGAAUUCAGGGGAUCUUUAUGUUAGUCUCCGGCUACUUCAGGCUCCCGAAUGACAUCCCAAAGCCUUUUUGGCGUUACCCCAUGUCCUACAUCAGCUUCCACUUCUGGGCUUUGCAGGGACAAUAUCAAAACGAUUUGAAGGGAUUGGUGUUUGACAACCAAACGCCAGAUCUUCCACAGAUCUCGGGCGAAUUCAUACUGGAAAACAUAUUCCAGAUUGACGUGAACAGAUCAAAGUGGAUAGAUCUGAGCGUGCUAUUCAGCAUGAUCAUCAUGUACCGUCUGAUAUUCUUCCUGGUGAUCAAGAUUAACGAGGAUGUGACGCCAUGGAUAAGAGGGUACAUCGCCAGGAGGAGGAUGAAGAUCAAACAGAAUGGAAACACCAGUACUGGCGCUCCCUUUGCUCUCACGCAGUCCCCUUCUUUGAGGAACUACGUUUCUUCCAAGAAGUAGGAUACUUUUUUUCACAAUACGUAUUCCAAUUAUUCUUAAUUAUUAUUUUAAUAAGUUGAAAAUUAAAUGUUGUUUAGCCUGCCAAUCUUAAUUAUCACAUGCAUACUUGUAAUAUGUAACCGAUUAAUGAUGAGAGAGAUCGAAGGUGUUCUUUUAGCUCUUCGUAUUUGUUAUUGAGUUGAUUUACUUGCUUCGUAUUUAUUA